CCACACUCCGACACAGUUGUUAAAUAAAGCAGCUUUAAGAAAGCUCUUUUUAAAGAAACAAAAAGUGCUGCAAUUAGGAUAAAAAAGUAAAUAAUAGAUUGAAAAAAUUCAUCAAAACUAUUGUCAAUAAGUUGCAAGUCUAACAGUAACGGGAGACAAGUGCAGGAAAGCCAUUAGAAAAGUGAGCUGCUGCAGCUGUUUGCAAAAUACGCAGUAACAGCACAGCAGCAAACAACCAGUGAGAGAAAUAAAGCGCGCGAACGCAGCAACAACAAGAACCAGCCACAACAAGAGGAUUUGAAAAGAAGAGUCACAACCAACAACAACAACAACAAAACCAACAAGAACAACAGCAGCUAAAGCGUUUCGACAGCAUCAGCAAAAAGUUUACAGCCAAGCGAGAGCGAGCGAUUGUGAGUGUGUGCGUGUGUAUGUGUGUGUGUGUGUUGAGAGUGUGUAAGUGUGCUGUGCGAAGCAAACAAUCAAUCGAAGACAAGAGCAGCAGCAGGAAGCAACCCCCCGUCCCCCCACGCCACGGACACAUCUAAGCAAGCAAAAACAGCAACAGCAAUAACAACAACAAAAACAAGAACAGCAACAAGGAGGACAAGAAAGUUUUGCGAGGAAAGCAAAAGCAAAAGUGAUGGACUCGGAUAACGAUAACGAUUUUUUGGACAAUGUCGAUUCGGGCAAUGUAUCGUCGGGCGAUGACGGUGACGAUGAUUUUGCCAUGGAGGUGGAUAUGCCCAGUUCGACGGAACGUCAGCUGGACGCCGAUGACCAUCAGUAUAAGGUGCUAACCACAGAUGAAAUAGUGCAGUAUCAGCGCGAAAUAAUCGAUGAGGUUAAUCGUGUGCUAAAGCUAUCGACGCCCAUAACACGAAUACUGCUGAAUCAAUUCAAGUGGGACAAGGAGAAGCUGCUGGAGAAAUAUUUCGAUGGCAGCGAAGAUAAUACGGAAGAGUUCUUCAAAUGCGCACACGUCAUAAAUCCGUUUAACAAGCCUGCCGAGUCGGUGCUGCAAAAGACCACACGGAGCCAGUGCGAGGAGUGCGAGAUUUGUUUCUCAUUGUUGCCGCCAGAUUCCAUGACUGGCUUGGAGUGUGGCCAUCGCUUUUGCCUGAACUGCUGGCGAGAGUAUCUGACAACGAAAAUCGUUACAGAGGGUCUCGGCCAGAAAAUAUCGUGCGCCGCGCACGGCUGUGAUAUUUUAGUGGAUGAUGUGACCGUUACCAAUUUGGUGCCAGACGUUAAGGUCAAGGUCAAAUACCAGCAGCUGAUAACCAAUAGCUUCGUUGAAUGCAAUCAACUAUUACGCUGGUGUCCGUCCGUUGAUUGCACCUAUGCGGUCAAGGUGCCGUAUGCGGAAUCCCGUCGCGUCCACUGCAAGUGCGGCCAUAUCUUUUGCUUUGCCUGCGGCGAAAAUUGGCACGAUCCGGUGCAGUGUCGCUGGCUGAAGAAGUGGAUCAAGAAGUGCGACGAUGACUCCGAGACGUCCAAUUGGAUUGCAGCCAAUACCAAAGAGUGUCCCAGAUGCAGUGUCACCAUCGAAAAGGAUGGCGGCUGCAAUCACAUGGUCUGCAAGAAUCAAAAUUGCAAACACGACUUCUGCUGGGUCUGUCUCGGAUCCUGGGAGCCCCACGGUUCGUCCUGGUACAAUUGCAAUCGCUAUGACGAGGACGAGGCCAAAGCGGCGCGCGAUGCCCAGGAAAAGCUACGUUCAUCACUGGCCAGAUAUUUACACUAUUAUAAUCGCUACAUGAACCACAUGCAAUCCAUGAAGUUUGAGAACAAAUUGUAUGCUUCGGUCAAGCAGAAAAUGGAGGAAAUGCAACAGCACAAUAUGUCCUGGAUCGAGGUGCAAUUCCUGAAAAAGGCUGUCGAUAUACUCUGCCAAUGUCGCCAGACCCUUAUGUACACAUACGUAUUUGCGUAUUAUUUGAAAAAGAACAAUCAAUCGAUGAUAUUCGAGGAUAAUCAGAAGGAUUUGGAGUCGGCAACAGAAAAGCUGUCCGAGUAUUUGGAACGUGAUAUUACAUCCGAAAAUCUGGCUGAUAUUAAACAGAAAGUACAGGAUAAAUACAGAUAUUGUGAGAAGCGUUGCACAGUCCUGCUCAACCAUGUGCACGAAGGAUAUGAAAAGGAUUGGUGGGAUUAUACAGAAUGACGCGAGUCCUGGCUGGAUAAUUAAGGCAACAAAAUGCGCAGUCGGAGUGUAACUAGCAAUUGGCAUUAACAGUAGCAGUAGCAGAUAACAGUUAGCAGUUUAGCAGAUAAGCAGCAGCAGCAGUCGUAACAACAACAUCAACCACAGCAACCACAUCAACAACAACCACAAAGCAGGCAAUUCGAGAUGUGGAGAUGAAGAUACAGAUGAAAAGGUAGCUAAGAAAAACGGAGAUGAACAACAACAAAAUGCAGUGCAAAGCAAAAAAUAAUUAUAAAAAAAAAGCAGAAAUAAAAUUUUCACACAACACACACAAACAAAGAAAAGCAAAAACAUUAAAUGAAAAUAAUAACUACACAUAGAGGCACGAUUAAAUGCGGUGGAAGAAGAUUUUGGGGGGGAAACAAACAACAAAAGAAAAACAUAUGUUACCGAAACAGAAAAGUACAUUAAAACCGUCAAAAAUGAAAAAAGUUUAAUAAAUAAAAAAUAUAUUUAAAAAAA